AUGAGCCUUCGAAGUGAUCAGAAUCCCAAGCCUGCUGAUUCGCACACAAAAAUGCACAUGGCUGCUAGCAUGGGUCUUCCGCUGGGUGAUUUACACUCUCAGUUGGCCGCCCUCAGCUUGCAGAUGCAACCAUUUGCUGCUGAACAAUCCACAGCAAUUUCGAGUCAUUCCUCUCUGUUGGACGAAAACAUGGCUUCGCAGGCUUACAAUCCGAUGUUUGGCUCUGAGAGACUGCUCGGUGGCAUCAAUCGACCUCUAGCUACACAUGCCAAUUUGUUUGGGUAUCCAUGCAACAACCAUCCUGCUUCCGCACUCAUGACGCCACGUUAUGGACUUCCUGAAGAUCCACUGCCAAUGCUGCUUGCAGCUGGAGGUGGAAAUGUGUUUUUCAAACGCUCACCAUCUCCGCCAUGCAUGUCAGGCAGUGCAAGCUUGUGUUCCAAUGACAGCACAUCGAGUGGUAGUUCGCCUCCUAACGCUUGUUCUUCGAUAUUGCCCUCAAUCGACGUACCGAAGUCGCCCGUACUAUCGGCAAGGAGACUGCUUGGAACACCGUCACGUCCUGCCUCUCAGUUCCUUUCUAACGAUGUAGAAGUGUUCGCUCGUAAGGUAUUCGUGGGCGGCUUGCCCAUUGAUGUCACCGAAGAUGAAAUCUGGCAAACCUUCUCGGUUUUCGGAAACGUGCUUGUGGAUUGGCCUCGCCGCCCAGAUGGUUCGAGUUCCCGAGACGAGGAUACAGGAAGAGGAUCACGAUCGAUGACCGGAUAUGUCUUCCUUGUGUUUGAGGAGGAACGUUCAGUGCAAUAUCUCGUUAGCGAAUGCCACAAGGAGGAUGAUCGCUAUUACCUCUUUGUGUCUUCUCCAACAAUGCGUGACAAACCAGUGCAAGUUCGUCCGUGGCGUUUAGCCGAUAUGGACUUCAUUUCGAAUCCGCGCACGCUCAUGGAUCCUCGACGCACGGUAUUCAUUGGUGGAGUUCCGCGUCCCACAAGAGCCGGUGAAUUAGCUGAAUGUCUUGAACGUCUCUAUGGCCCUGUGUGUUAUGUCGGGAUAGACAUCGAUCCUGAACUGAAAUAUCCUAAAGGGGCUGCUCGCGUCACGUUUGUCACAACACAAGCUUUCAUUGCCGCAAUCAAUGGGCGUUUUGUUCACGUUCAUCAUGGAGAAUCGCAAAAGAGAGUUGAGAUCAAGCCGUAUGUGAUGGAUGAGCAGAUGUGUGACCAUUGUGAAGGAAAGCAGUGUUCUUCGCGCUACGCUCCUUACUUCUGCGGCGAUGUUGACUGCCUACAGUACUAUUGCGAAAAUUGCUGGGAUCGUGUCCAUUACCACCCCGGCUCGAGGCGUUCCGAACAUCGUCCUCUAGUGCGCAUGGGAGAUCAAACUAAGGUCCUUCCUCGUCCUCCCCAUCAUAGCAACCGCACUUCAAGGAACUUUUGCGGCUCUACUCAGGCACGUCACUACACAUCGCUUAGUGUCUGAGUAAAAGACUUGCGACAAAGGCUUCAGUCGGUGAAUUUCUUUGGCAAUGCUAGGCGCCACCCACUGGAGAUAUAUGCCAUGACCAUCUUUGCAAAUGUUACAUACAAACUCCCCUUUCAUAUUCCUUACCAUUUGCUCCAAGGAUGCUCAUCUACAGAGCUCAACUAUGAUGCAAAUUUGUGAAAACCAUUUUAGUAAUUUAUAUACCCUACUCACCCUUUUUAGUUUAUCAGAUUUUUCAAGUUAUCGAUGGCUUUCAUACAGUAACUUUUGCUAGUCGAUGAUAACUUAUUUUUAUCCUUUCAAGUUGUUUUUUCAUCCGAUGAAGUUUUAUGAGAUCGAUGCCGUACCGUAGGCAUACGCUUUUUCGCUGCUCAUUAUUCGAGCCCCAAUUUCAAAGUGGUAAACUCGCUUUGCCAAGAUUAUUUGACAUGCUGAUCAAAAACCCCUCUUA